UGUCUCAGACAUUUAUAGCAGCGAUAGGAUGCUAGAAAUAGAGGCACUUACAUUCAGAGCUGUAAACAAAAGGAGUUUGGGAGCUGAUUUGCAGAAGAGAUCCUUUCCAGCUCGCGGCAGCAUGAAAACCCAUGGGUGUGCUUCAAGGACUAUCAAAAAUCUUCUCUUUGUCAACUUGUUCCUGGGACUUGCCUUCCUCUUGGGAUUCUUCCAUGCAAGUAGCAGGAACCACCUAUUCCAGAAGAGUUCUGCAGAGCUGCUGGCGUCCCCCAUGCCCUGCCAAGCCAAGACCAACAUCAUGUUCCUCAAGACCCACAAGACUGCCAGCAGCACCAUCCUCAACAUCCUGUUCCGCUUCACUGAGAAGCACAAACUCACAGCUGCCCUCCCUGCUGGCCAGGAGUUCCACCUGGGUUACCCACAGAGAUUCAUCACCAAUUUUGUGGAGGGUUUUCAAACCCGAAAGCAAAACUACAACAUCAUGUGCAACCACCUGCGCUUCAACCCCUCUGAGGUGCGCAAGGUGAUGGCAAAGAACACCUUCUAUUUCUCCAUCCUGAGGAACCCCAUUGCUCUGCUGGAAUCUUCCUAUGUUUACUACAAGCAUGUAGCCCCUGCAUUCAGUAGAUCCAAGGACCUGAAUGAAUACCUGGCAUCACCCCUGAAAUAUUACCUUAAGGAGGACUACAUGAGUAACAUCUAUGCCAAGAAUAACAUGUGGUUUGACUUUGGCUAUGAUAACAAUGCAGAGGACAACGAGAAGUAUAUUCAGUCCAUCUUGGAAGAGACUGAAGAGAACUUCCACCUGAUCUUGAUAGCAGACUACUUUGAUGAGUCCAUGAUCCUCCUGAAACGCACCUUGUGCUGGGAUUUAGAUGAUGUGAUUUACUUCAAACUCAAUUCCAGGAGCAACGAGACUGUCCAGACCCUGACUCCAGAAAGCAAGGAGAGAGUAAAAAAGUGGUGCUCACUGGACUGGAAGCUCUACCUGCACUUCAACCAGAGCUUCUGGAAGAGGAUUGAGGAGACCAUAGGAUUUGAGGAGCUGAAGAAGGAGGUAAAUGACCUGCGAAUGAGGCAGAAGGAGCUGAUGGAGACCUGCCUCUUGAACCAGGAGGCUGUGGCGAAGGAUCACAUCAAGGACAAGGCUCUCUUGCCUUUCCAGUCGGGGAUGGCAAAUAUCCUUGGUUAUAACCUCAGGCAAGACUUAGACAAUGAAACCCUGAAAAACUGCCAGAAAAUGGUUGCACCAGAGCUCCAGUACAUGUCCUACCUCUACUCCGUCCAGUACCCACACAACGAGCGGAAGCCCAUAAACUUUCCCAAGCAGUGGAGCAGUUCUCAGAAGACGUAAUCCCCUACUUUGCAGCUACAGCAUCCCACUGCUGCAGCCUUUUGCACUGGCCAAGUUUGGCAAUGAGACUCUUGCACAGGAUGGGGAGGCUGGGGGUCAUUUGAGAGCUACUUCUACACUCUGUCAUUCAUU